GUGACCAUCGACUAAAAUAUCUUAUAUUAUUCAUAUGAACACGAGUUUUAUAAAUUGGUACACGUAAAUUUACAAUAAUAGUAGUAGUCAACCAUCUGUCUUCCAAUUCACUUAGACAAGGUUUCAUUCCUCGGUAAGAUAAAAUGAAUUCACAUCGUGUACCCGCAUAAAUAGAAACAAACAUACACAUUACCAAAUAACUUCAUCUUCGUCCACACAAAAAAUGGACAUUAAAGAAGAUGACGAGUCUCGAGUUAUAACACCAACCGAGCUUCAACUUCAUGAUUCAGUUACUGCAAGAACAGGAACGUUAUGGACGGCGGUGGCACAUAUAAUAACAGGAGUGAUAGGAGCUGGAGUGUUGUCGUUGGCUUGGGCCACGGCGGAGCUCGGCUGGAUCGCUGGUCCGGCCGCCCUUAUAGCCUUCGCCGGGGUCACACUUCUCUCUGCUUUUCUUCUUUCCGAUUGCUACCGUUUCCCUGAUCCUAACAACGGUCCCCUCCGACUCAAUUCUUACUCUCAAGCCGUUAAAUUGUAUUUAGGGAAGAAGAAUGAAAUUGUAUGUGGAGUCGUUGUAUACAUUUCCCUUUUUGGUUGUGGCAUUGCUUAUACCAUUGUUAUAGCUACAUGCAGUAGAGCAAUUAUGAAAUCGAAUUGUUAUCAUAGAAAUGGACACAAUGCAACAUGUUCAUAUGGAGACAACAACAACUACUUCAUGGUUUUGUUUGGUUUGACUCAGAUAUUUAUGUCACAAAUACCUAAUUUCCACAACAUGGUAUGGCUCUCUCUUGUCGCCGCUAUUAUGUCUUUUACUUACUCGUUCAUUGGCAUCGGCCUCGCCCUUGGCAAAAUCAUAGGUAUAGAUAUUACUUUUUCUUUGUCAAUUUUGAUUUUGAGUAUAAAAUUAUUUUGAGAUGGGGGAAGACAAUCAAAUAACUUUGUUUUUGAAAUGAAGAGAAUCGAAAAAUUGAGGGAAGUAUAAGGGGAAUACCAGCAGAAAACAGAGGUGAAAAGGUAUGGAUAGUGUUCCAAGCUCUUGGGAACAUUGCCUUUUCAUAUCCUUUCUCAAUCAUACUUCUUGAGAUUCAGGUAAAUAAUUUUACCUUCAUGCAUAAUGACGCCAAGUAAGAUUAAUUAACACAUUAAAUAGCACUACUCUUAGAGAUCAAGAAACCUUUUUUUUACGUGUGUUAAAUGAAAAUUAAGGACAGGACACAUUGAGAUCACCACCGGCAGAGAAGCAAACGAUGAAGAAAGCCUCGACGGUUGCGGUAUUCAUCCAAACAUUCUUCUUCUUCUGUUGUGGAUGUUUUGGGUACGCGGCCUUUGGAGAUUCCACCCCGGGAAAUCUCUUGACCGGUUUCGGCUUCUAUGAGCCAUUCUGGCUCGUCGAUUUCGCCAACGCUUGCAUUGUUCUUCAUUUAGUUGGUGGAUAUCAGGUAUACAGUCAACCAAUUUUCGCGGCUGCGGAGAGAUCGCUAACCAAGAAAUAUCCGGAAAAUAAGUUUAUCGCCAGAUUCUACGGAUUCAAACUGCCAUUGUUGCGAGGAGAGACGGUGAGAUUGAACCCAAUGAGGAUGUGUUUGAGAACGAUGUACGUGUUGAUCACAACGGGAGUGGCAGUGAUGUUUCCCUACUUCAAUGAAGUAUUAGGAGUGGUGGGGGCACUUGCAUUUUGGCCUCUGGCAGUGUAUUUUCCUGUGGAGAUGUGUAUAUUGCAGAAGAAAAUCCGAAGUUGGACGCGACCAUGGCUUCUUCUUAGAGGUUUCAGCUUUGUGUGCUUGCUCGUCUGUCUCUUGUCUCUUGUUGGAUCUAUUUAUGGACUUGUUGGAGCUAAAUUCGGAUGAUUAGCCAAUGCCGAUGUGAUGUAGCGAUCCUACUCUAGUUAAUUGAUAAAUAAAUGUGAGAUCCGUUACAACUUAUGUAAAUGUAAUUCGUAUUUAGUAUGAAAUUUUGAUUUUUAAUGAAUUAACUCUAAAGACGAAUUUCCUACCAUGUUUUAUAU